AUAGUGGACGAUAUUGCAACUUGAUUCAACAUGGCCCUGAUAACGCCCUACUGGGGCCUGGACGGUCUCAUACUCUUCUCGUCGCUAAUGAUAGCCGCCUACAUGUACAUGACUCGUAAAUUUAAAUACUGGUCCAAACGGGGCAUCAUGGAAGUCCCUCCGACACCGUUCAUAGGAAACUUCACGGAAUGCAUCAUGCUGAAGAAAACGGCCUCCGAUUUCGUGAAGGAUCUGUACAAUAUGUCCAAAGGAUUGCCCUACAUGGGAUUCUACAUUUUCGACAAACCGUUCUUCCUGGUACGAGAUCCCGAGCUCGUUAAGCAUAUCCUGGUGAAGGACUUCAACGUGUUCAACGACAGAUACGCAUCGCCUAACGUGAACGAUCGUCUUGGAUACGCGAACGUGUUCCAGAUAAAGAAUCCUGCCUGGAAGAUCCUUCGAACGAAAUUAACGCCCAUCUUCACCACUGGCAAAUUGAAGAGGAUGUUCGACUUGAUGCUUCUGGUCGCUGAUGAUCUCGACAAUCAUCUCGAGGCUCUGAAUUUGAGCACCGCGAAGGAGAUAGAAAUGAAGGAACUCUGUGCCAGUUUUACCACGGACAUGGUUGGCAGCACUGCCUUCGGUUUAAGGGUGAAUUCACUGCAAGAUCCGAAAGCUCCGUUCCGAGAAGCCGGCAGACAAAUUUUUGGUUACGAUUUCUUUCGUGGAAUGGAAUUCCUCAUCAUAUUUUUCAUGCCGCAUUUAACGAAAUACACCGGUGCUAAAUUUUUCGGGAAAGAGGCCAGCAAAUUUCUACGAACCGUUUUCUGGGAUGUGAUCAAUGAUCGUAUAGCGUCGGGACAGAAGAGGCACGAUCUCAUCGAUCUUCUGAUCGAGCUGAAAACGAAGCAUGAAGCAGAUGACGAUCUGGGUGGAUUCAGUUUCAGCGGCGACGAUUUGGUGGCACAGGCGGCUGUGUUUUUCUCCGGGGGUUUCGAAACUUCAUCGGGCCUCAUGUCUUUCACCCUUUACGAGCUUGCGUUGAACAUGGAUAUUCAAAGAACUCUACGAAAAGAGAUUUUGGACGCGUUGGAAGAAACCGGCGGCAAGAUUACGUACGAAAUGAUCAUGACGCUGCCAUAUUUGGAUAUGGUUGUCUCCGAGACCCUCCGCAUGUAUCCGCCGCUGGGAUUUCUAGAUCGCGUCGCUAACGCCGACUACAAAGUGCCUAAUUCAGAUCUGGUACUAGAGAAAGGUACUCCCGUGUACAUAUCUAUGACCGGGAUGCACUACGAUCCAGAAUACUUUCCCGAGCCGGAAAAAUACGAUCCUGAUCGAUUCACGGACGAGAACAAACAGAAGAGACCGAAUUUCGUUUACUUCCCAUUUGGCGAGGGUCCACACAUCUGCAUCGGUCUUCGACUAGGACUAAUGCAAUCGAAACUUGGGCUCGUCCAAUUUUUAAGGAAGUACGAAGUGACACCAAGCGAGAAAACAAGAAUCCCGAUGGUGCUCGAUCCCAAGGGAAUCACCACGACAGCUCUAGGAGGAUUAUACCUAAACGUUCGAAAGAUCACCACCGAAGCUGAAUUCAGAAUGGCCCUGAUAACUGCCUACUGGGGUCUGGACGGCAUCCUAAUCUUCGCGUCCCUAAUGGUGGCCGCCUACAUGUACAUGACACGCAAAUUCAGAUACUGGACAAAACGAGGCAUCCUGGAGGUCUCUCCGACGCCGUUUUUUGGGAACUUCGGUGACUGCUUGUUUCACAAAAUAUCGCCCCCCGAUUGGAUGAAGCAUCUGUACGAUGUAUCCAAAGGAUUACCCUACAUUGGAUUUUACAUAUUGGACAAACCGUUCCUCCUAGUAAGAGAUCCCGAGCUUGUCAAGCACAUUCUGGUGAAGGACUUUGACGUCUUCAAUGACAGAUACGCGUCGCCAGACGUGACCGAUCGUCUUGGAUACGCGAACCUGUUCCAAAUCAAGAAUCCUGGCUGGAAGGUCCUUCGAACGAAGCUAUCACCGAUCUUCACCACCAACAAACUAAAAAGAAUGUACGAAUUGAUGCUUUUGGUCGGCGACGAUCUCGACGCGCACCUCGAGUCUUUGAAUUUGAAGACUCAGAAAACGAUAGAACUGAAAGAUCUGUCAUCGAAUUUCACUACGGACAUGAUUACUAGUACUGCUUUCGGUCUGAGAGUGAAUUCACUGAACAAUCCGAAAACAGCGUUCCGCGAAGUUGGCAGGACACUGUUCGGCUACGGUAUCCUUCGAAGCUUUGAGUUUUACACUAUAUUUUUCCUGCCUCACUUGACCAAAUACACCGGCGCCAAAUUCUUUGGGACACACGGCAGCAAAUUUCUACGAAACAUUUUCUGGGAAGUGAUCAACGAACGGAAAGCGUCGGGACAGAAAAGGGGCGAUCUCAUCGAUCUUCUGAUCGAGUUGCAAGACAAGCACGAACACGAAGGCGAUCUGGGUGGAUUUAGGUUCAGUGGUGAUGAUUUAGUGGCGCAAGCGGCCGUGUUUUUCUCCGGUGGCUUCGAAACUUCGUCGGCCACCAUGUCUUUCGCGCUUUACGAGCUUGCGUUGCACAUGGACGCGCAGAGAACUCUGAGAAAAGAGAUUCAGGACGCGCUAAACGAAUCCGACGGCAAGGUCACGUAUGAAAUGAUCACUUCACUCCCGUAUUUGGACAGAGUCAUCUGUGAGACUCUACGCAAGUAUCCGCCCUUAGGAUUUCUGGAUCGCAUCGCCAGUGUCGACUACAAGGUGCCUAAUUCAGACCUGGUAAUAGAGAAAGGUACUCCCGUGUACAUACCUAUAAUCGGGAUGCACUACGAUCCAGAAUACUUUCCCGAGCCGGAAAAAUUCGAUCCUGAUCGAUUCACGGACGAGAACAAACAGAAGAGACCGAAUUACACUUACAUCCCAUUUGGCGAGGGUCCACACAUCUGCAUCGGUCUUCGAUUAGGAUUAAUGCAAUCGAAACUUGGGCUCGUCCAAUUUUUAAGGAAGUACGAAGUGACACCAUGCGAGAAAACAAAAAUCCCGAUGGUGCUCGAUCCCAAGGAACUCACGACGACAGCCCUCGGAGGGAUAUACCUAAACGUCCGAAAAAUCUCUUCUGAAGCUGGUUAAUGAUCGUUCGAACGUCGACACGAUCUAUUUGACAAUUAAUUAAAAACUUACGAACUGUGAUUUACAUGGUUUUCAAACACUCCCUUGAACCCAUCCAACAUAACAAAAUAUUAUGUCAAUGCACUUUUAAUGCUAGACUAUUUUAUUUGCUAUUAUUUAGAGACUUGCUCAUCAAGUCACCUCCAACUGACAAUGACUUUGAUCGAUUCAUAACUAAUUAACACACAAUGGAGAUGUUGUAAGUUUAAAUUACACUUAAUAACGUUUUUUGCAAUUUAAAACAGCAAACCAGUUUCAAGUGUUUUCGCGUAAUUCGUUUCUACUUCGUAAAAUCUAUCGUACUGAUACUUUGAUAUUACUUGUUGUUGUCUAGGUUUAAUAAAUUUUAAUUAUCUGUUUC